AAUAUUAGGAAAAUGGGAUAUAAAAAAUUGAGUUGACUUUUCUACGAAUAAAUCUUGAUUUUAAUGUAUCCGUUAUCCGACGAUACGAUGAUACGAUAUUAAUUUUAUUGGUUGAAUUUUUUUAACUUCGAUUGGUGAUAAAAUUACGCAGUUUUUAAAUUUAUUGCAUUUUCAUGCCUCCGUUCAUCGGAUAUACGGUUUGCUUGUUUUCGAGUGAUAAUUUUAAGAAAGCUGGUUUCUUAAUAUAUCUUUUGCUAUGUUCUUCUGAACAAAAUGAGGACCGUCUGGCUGCCGGUACACGCUGCGUUCACUACUGCAUAUCCCAUCUCUGUAUUUAAAAUCUGUUCACUACUGCGCAUCACAAGUUCGCCCUAUAUUUCAGGAACUAGAGAGGCUAGGACAAACAUAUGUGUAGCAUAUUCAGAUAAAAAAGUAGCAAAUUAAUGUGAAAUUCGCAUCAUUUUCUCUCUAGAGUGUUCCUUUUUUUUGGAUACAAUCUAUUUAGAUAACAUAAAGAUCUUUAUUAACAUAAUAUAAAUUACCUUUUCCUAAUAUUUGUAUCUAAUAAUUCCCUACACCCAUACAGGAAUUGACUGAGCAACUAGAUGGAAAGUUUUUUGUUGAAGAUGCCCAAGCAAAAUUUAGACCCUGCUGCAAUGCUCAAAUUGCUGAAAGCAGGUUUUAAAUUUAAAGUUGACUGUUUUGUAUACUACUGUUAUUAUUACUACAUCUUACAUUUAUAUUGUUUUAGCCCUAUUGCCACAGAUCAUGGAAAUAUUAGCCCCCGUUUUCCAAAAAAUAGACGUCAUUGAGACAAAAUUGGACGUGUCUUUAAAAAAGUUGAACAAAGUGCAACCAAUUGCAGUGUCAAACUACAUCAGCGAAGACAUGAGUUGGUGUCCGUUUAAAUUUCCGUUAAAUAAGAUGGAAGAGGUCCAGGAACUAGAAAAAAAGUUAAUUUACACGGAUUUCAGCAAUAAAAUGUUUGAACACUUAGUGCACAAAACAUGUGCAAUUGACACCAAUGACGUAAAAAAAGUAACGAAACGGGUCCUGACAUACAUGUUUACUCUGGAAUUAUUAAGUCAAUUUACGUGGACAGGAAGAGGCAACAAAAAACCUGCCUUUGCCAUACUGACAAGGAUACUGCAUUUAAUUUUGGAGGUUCAGAAAAUAACCGACCAAACAUAUAAUGCAGAAAGGUCUCGCCUGUUUUUACAGCAUAAUUGGUUUAAGUGUUUAAAUCAAACGAUCCGUCGUUCUGAGUUAAAAAAAAGCCAGCCAAACACUGAAGAACACGCAAGUCAUGAUAGUCAAGAAAUUAAGCAAGAGAAAAGCUAAUUUUUUAUUUUGAUAAUUUUUAUAAGUUUUUUAUAAGUUUUUUUUUUAAUUUUAUACUUGUUUUGUUAAAGUGUUAAUAAUAUAUCGUCAGUCUACAAACAAAACAGAGUCCAAUUAUUAGAUUUUUGACUUAUUUAUAUAAUUUGACUAGAAUUAUAUAAAU